AUGAGUUCGAUUUCCAGGAAAGAGUUGUUCUCAGCUCCAAACAAAUUCCAGUUUGUUCAACAAAAUUACAGAGUGUUUCUCUUAAAAGACUUUAAUGCAAAAAGGAAUAAUUCAGUAUUUUCACCUAAUAAAGUGGCAUUUGAGUGGGAGAAUGUAGGCUUAAUUGACUUAAUAUACUUUGAUAGCGACGAGUUUAUUAAAUGCCCAAUCUGCCUUGAUUCUGACUUACUUGUUCCAAAAAUAUCUAAUUGUGGCCAUAUUUAUUGUUGGCCUUGCAUAAUAAAACUUAUGAAUAACAUUUUGAAAAAUGAAGAAUAUGCAAAGAAAUUUAAAUGCCCAAUAUGUUUCUCAAACGUGUUUUUAAACGAACUUGUUUCAUUAAGAUAUCAAAUAGUUCAAAAAGUCCAAUUAGGUUCAGUAAUUAACUUAUGCCUUCUUUUCAGAAAUAUUUCGAGCCCACUUGUUCAUUUUAAAGUCAAUAUUAGUAAUUCAAAUGAGAAAAUUUUACUAGAAAAAAAUGAGAAAGGUGCUCAGUUUCAAAGAAUUGGAUUAAUUUCAAACCAAAAUGAUGUAUUAUUAUGUGAUCUUCAAAUGCUAAGAAUAAGGAAACUAGAAAAUAAAAAAAAUUCAAGUGAGGAGAUUAGCUACAUUGAGGAAUGUAUUUCAAUAAUAGAAAACGCUUUAGAAUUAAGAGGAGUUGCUAUUCCUGAGCACGAAAUUUUUUUAAAUGACACUUUUGGCCUACUGUUUUCGCAAUACAACGAAUCUGAACUAUUAGAAGAACUAGAAUAUAGUUUCAUUAAUUCUUCAGCUAAUUGCGGUAUUCAAAGUAAAAUAAAAGAUUUUUUUUAUUUUUACCAGCUAUUUGAUGGCCAAUUAGUGUUUUUAGAACCAUUUUAUGUUAAAGUGCUACAGACCGAAUUUGGCUCUAUUGAAAAUUUACCCAAAGCACUUUUGAAUGUUUCAGUUACUUCGAUAAAAGAGUUGAACUUGAAUGAUCAAAACAUGAGAAAAUAUAAAUUCUUGAACCACAUUCCAAUCGGCUCUAGAAUACAUAUAGUAGGCAUAGAUUUAACACCGUUUAUUACAACAAAAACGAAAAAGAUAUUUGAAGAAGAAUUAGGAAAAAGACUGGGUAAAAAAGAAUCAAUCAAACAAAUUAACUGUUUUGAUUUGUUAAAUAGUGAAAUUAAAGUGGAAAACUGUUUAAUAGAUGAUGAAAUAGUGAACUUUAAUCGUAGUCUUAACUUCCUUAAUGAAAAAAAAAGUAGCCAAAAUUCAAGAAUGUCCGCCUUAAAUUUCCCAGUCUUGGGAAAUGAGCCAAAUUCCAACAGAAUCAAAACUGACAAUGUUACGGGUUAUAAGAGCAAUCUAUACAAGCUCGUGCAACAUAGGAAUGACGAGGAUUUGUUCCCUCCAUUAAUGAAAACAUCCUAG